AUGCGUCAUAUUGCAGCCGCCAUGGACUACAGCUUCGAAAAAGACCCAAGCGUUCAAGUCACCUUCCAGAAACUCAAAUCCGCAUUCAAAGACUUCGAAGACCUCUUCUCCGGCCACGGCAAAGAGUACUUUGCCAUCAAACGCAGAAAGGGGCUAUACAUACGCGCAGACGAAGGACGUUACCCACACCACUUCACGAUCUUGCGUGAGUUCAGUGAACCGCCAAAAAUCCAAGUUCUCUGGGACUCUGCAUGGGAAGAAGAGAAGGUAGACCUCCACAGGAUGGAGAUUCAACCAUGGCAGCUUGCGAUCGAAGUUCAUGGCCUUUUGAUCUUUGGAAACGAGCUCAAAGAGGAACUGACGAUCUUGAUCAGACAGGGCGAUGGUGAAGGUACAAGACUACGCGUUUCGCCUAUGGAAGAGGGGGACAAGUAUUGUAGGAUUAUGGACUAUGUGAGAGACUCGAACAAGAAGCCCAACGACUUGCGGAAGAAUAAGCGGGUUCUUCCCAGGGAAUUUCUUGGAUUGGGGGAUGAGGACGAUGCAGGUAAGUCGAUUCUUAUUGGGUUUUAA